AUGAGUCGUUCUAAUAAGAAUACAUCAGAUAAUUUCUCAAAUGCAGCAGAAAAUAAAGGUGUUUCAUUAUUUCCUUCUGGUCUACUUAUGUAUGAUUUACCAUCAUUACGACGAACAGCAUCUCGAAUAUCAAAUAAUACGGAAUUAACUAGUCGACAAUCAUCAUCAUCAACAUCAUCAAGAAAACAAUCAUCUUCAUCUGUUCCUUCCUUAUCAUCCUCUGGUUCUUCAGAAGUCGAUAAUGAUUUAUCGAUUGAAGAUGAAAUUGAUCAGAAAAACUUGACAACUACUGAAGAUUGGUGGCGACAAGCAAUUGAACCAAUGCCAAUGAAAACUAUAUCUGAAUCUCGAUCAGCAUUCAGUAUGAAUGAUGAUGAUAUAUCGAAUGAUACAAAUCAAUUAUUUUCUUUAUUACCAUCGAUUAAUUCAACACAAAAAAUUAUUAUUCACAAUCAAACAUUAAUGCCUUUAACACAAAUUUAUACUGAUAAAGCUCUUGAUUGUGUUCAACAAUGGUAUGAUAAUCAUUCUGUACCAAAUUUAAAUUGUUUAAUAAAACGUGGCUUAUUAAAAAUUUAUAAAGAAAAAUCAAUUCGAGUGAUAAUUACUAAUAAAAAAGAAAUCUUUGGACAAUUAGAUAAAAAUGGUAAAAUUUUAUCAACAUUUGAUAAUCGAUUAUUUGAUUCAAUUGAACAAUUUUAUCAAACAUAUCAAAUACGUCGUAAACGAAAUGAAAAUUUAGCAAUUAUUUAUGAAUCUGUUUAUUGGUAUGAACGAUCAUUUCAUUCAAUAUUACUUGAAUAUGCUGAAACAAUUAUGAAAAUCACCGGUAUGAAAACUCGAUUAAUUUCUGAUAAUGAACUUUUAUCAAAUAAUUCUUCAAUUGAUAUAUUAACAAAAGAACUUCUUUGUCAAAUCAAUUGUUGGAAUAAAGAUCGGAAUGAAAUCGAUCUGUAAAUAAAAGACAUAGGAGAGAGAUUUUUUUGUUCGGACGCUUUAUUAUUCUAAUAAAAUAUUGAAAAUGAAAAGAAAAGAAAUUUAUUUGCUGUUUUGUAAUAUAUUAACAUCUCAAUUUACACAUUUUUUUUUCUUCGAGAGAUUGAUGUGGAAUUAAAAUUAAAUAUUGACUUAGAACAUAAAAGUUUUUUUGUUAUAUGAUAACUUAUUUUUUGAUCGCGUCGAAAGAGAUGUGAUUUUUAAUAAUUUGUUGUUUGAAAACUUAAACAUUUCCGGUUAGAUCCUCAUGAUAUUCUUUUUUUUAUAUUAUCCUUUUCGUUGCUAUCAACAAAAAUUAUAUAGUAACCUGAAACAAGUAAGAUGUCUUGAACAGGAAAAAGAGGCCUACUUCUGCCGUUACU